CGCCGGCGCGGCGCAUGCGCGCUGCAUUGUUUUGACUGAAAAUGCCGUCGGUUUCGAAAGCGGCGGCGGCGUCGCUGAGCGGGUCCCCCCCGCAGACCGAAAAACCAACCCACUACAGGUAUCUAAAGGAGUUUAGGACAGAGCAGUGCUCCCUGUUUUUGCAGCAUAAGUGCAGCCAGCACAGGCCGUUCACCUGUUUCCAUUGGCAUUUCCUAAAUCAGCGUCGGCGCAGACCGCUCCGACGGCGGGAUGGCACCUUCAACUACAGCCCGGACGUGUACUGCUCCAAGUAUGAUGAGGCCACCGGCCUGUGUCCCGACGGCGACGAAUGUCCCUACCUGCAUCGAACAACUGGGGACACUGAGCGCAAGUACCACCUGCGCUACUACAAGACAGGCACAUGUAUCCAUGAGACAGAUGCACGGGGCCACUGCGUGAAGAAUGGUCUGCACUGUGCCUUUGCACACGGGCCCCUGGACCUGCGGCCGCCUGUGUGUGACAUCAGGGAGCUUCAGGCUCAGGAAGCCCUGCAGAACGGCCAGCUCAGCAGUGGGGAUGCUGUACCUGAUCUGCAGCCUGGGGUCUUGGCCAGCCAGGCCAUGAUCGAGAAGAUCCUGGGGGAGGAUCCUCGGUGGCAAGACAGUAACUUCGUACUGGGCAGCUAUAAGACGGAGCAGUGCCCAAAGCCACCACGCCUAUGUCGCCAGGGCUACGCCUGUCCACACUACCACAACAGCAGAGACCGCCGUCGGAACCCCAGGAUGUUCCAGUACAGGUCUACGCCCUGCCCUAGUGUGAAGCAUGGUGACGAGUGGGGCGAGCCCUCACGGUGUGACAGUGGGGACAGCUGUCAGUACUGCCAUUCCCGUACGGAGCAGCAGUUCCAUCCUGAGAUCUACAAAUCUACAAAAUGCAACGAUAUGCGCCAAACCGGCUACUGCCCUCGGGGCCCCUUCUGUGCCUUUGCACAUGUUGAGAAGAGCCUGGGAAUGGUGAAUGACUGGAGCUGCCGUGAUCUCAAUUCCAACAGCACCUCGGCUUACAGCAGCCAGCCUGGAAGUGCCAAACGGAAAGACUCCCCCUCUGAAGGAAGCCAGAAAGCUAGUGAGGACAGCAAGCAGAACCACCUCGCUGUGUUCUCAGUGCUUCACCCACUGGCCCCCAGCAUAAGCUCCAGUGUGGCAUCGAGUUUGGCGUCCAGCACUGGCUCAGGUAGCUCCUCUCCCACUGCUCUGCCUGCCCUCCCUGCCCGGGCCCUCCCACUGGAUCCAGCUGGCAACACUGUGGAGGCAGUCCUCGGUUCUGCAUUAGAUCUCCAUCUUAGUGACAUAAAUAUUGCGUCCUUAGAUAAAGACUUGGAAGAGCAGGACCUUGGAUUGACAGGUCCCAGGUCGCUGGCAGGCUCAGCACCCGUCACCAUUCCGGGCUCCCUGCCCCGCUCGCCAUCCUUGCACUCGUCCUCAUCCCUGUCCACCUCCCCACUCAGCUCGCUCUCCCAGUCCCUGUCGGGGCCACUCGUCUCCUCGGCUAUGACGCCCCCUCAGCAGCCACCACCCCUCCGGUCGGAGCCGGCUACGCUGGGCUCUGCAGCCUCAUCUUACAGCUCUUUAGGUUUGAACGGCGUCCCUGGGAGCAUCUGGGACUUUGUUUCUGGCAGCUUCUCUCCUAGCCCAUCCCCCAUUCUGAACUCUGGCCCUUCGGCUUCCUCAAGUGCAAGUCCAAACAGUGCUGAGCUGGCACGGGUCAGGCGACAGCUAGAUGAAGCCAAAAGAAAGAUCAGGCAGUGGGAAGAGUCUUGGCAGCAAGUGAAGCAGGCCUGUGAUGCCUGGCAGAGAGAGGCUCAGGAGGCCAAGGAGAGAGCCCGCGUGGCGGACAGUGACCGGCAGCUGGCCGUACAGAGGAAGGAGGAGGUGGAGGCCCAGGUGAAGCAGCUGCAGGAGGAACUAGAGGGCCUGGGUUUGUCCUCACUGCCAGGGCUGCGGAGCUUGGGUGACAUCAGUGACAUCCCUCUCCCCAAGCUGCAUUCCCUGCAGAGCCAGCUGCGCCUGGACCUGGAGGCCGUGGACGGGGUGAUCUUCCAACUUCGUGCCAAACAGUGUGUGGGCUGCCAGGAGAGGGCCCAUGGCACUGUCCUUCGGCCCUGCCAGCACCGUGUCUUAUGCGAGCUGUGUGCAGCCAGUACCCCUGAGUGCCCCUACUGCAAGGGCCAGCCCCUCCCAUGGUGAUGAGAACCAGACCCAUUCCUUCCCUGGUGAGCAGUGCAAAGGCCUCAGCAUGCCAUGUGCCACUACAGUGUCGAAACUGGCCUCCAGUACCACCCACGCCAGGAUGUGAGUUCAUGCCCACUGUCCAACAGCCUUUCAAAUCACUUUUUCUUCCCUACCAUGUCCUACCAAUGGUGUCAAGGUAUUCUCAGAAAACCUCUGAAGCACCACCAAACCCACCACCUGUCCCAUGGGCAGGUGGCAUGUUUUUGGUGCCCCCAGUGCUGACACUGCUGUGGCCAGGCCAGUGGGAGGUCAGGCCUUGUCAAAGCACUUUGUAAACCGAGGAAUUUAGACAUUAUAAAUUGUAUAAGCUGCUUUCUAGGUCCAUGUUUUUUAAUAUGCGAUAACAUGAAGCUUUAUAAGUGUACUGUGAACUUGAAGUUUCCUAUCAGUUUGUUGUUAACUCAUAGUAAUGGUAACUACAUUAGAUUUCAUAUUCUGAAACUAUUUAGGAAAUGAAAUUUAUCUAGUAGUGAAGAAGACCUAGGAUUUUUACAUUUUAAAAUUAAGUGCAAACAAAUAGUAUUUAUAAGCAGAGAGUGGUUAUUGAGAGACACAUAUACAUUUAGAUGUUCUUAAUUUUAUGAAAGGAACUAAUUUUCCUAAACAUGUGCAGGUGCACAUGUAGAUGGAGUUUUAUAUUCCAGUAUCACAGAGUGAUAUCCAGAGCUCUGUCAUGCACUUAUGUGAUCCGUGGCCACUUCCAAGUGCCUGUGCCUUGCAAAAGAAGUGAAGGAAUUGGUUCAUUUGGUUUUUUUCUUCUCCCUUGAAAGACAAUUUCAUGCUAAUGAAAAAUGCAGCAAAGGAAUCAGGCAUUCAGAGGAGUCCAAGAUCUACUCGGGAAGGAGCUGUGUUCUGAUGUCUUGUCUGUAAUGGCAACGGUGCUGUGGACCCCGAGUCGCCUGGGGCACCCUAGCUUGUGCUGAACUAAGGGACUGUGCACCUGGACUUCAGCCUGCUGCCCCUGUGACCACACUCACCUCUAGCUGAUCCAGAGAUUCCGUGACAGUUUUAGCAAACAUCUGGUACCUGAGCUGUGCGUCCAGUUAUUACCAGAUCUAUCCCAUGACCAGCAACCCCGGCUCUGCUGCAGCUCACCCAUCAGCUUCCAGGGCGAAGGCAGUGCCCACCCCUCACAGCUUGGCCUCAGGCCCAUGGCUAAAAUUCUGCUGAGGAUGUGUCUAGGGUGAUGACUUCAGCCUUCUACAAUAAGGACUUGGACUGUUCCUGGAAAUCUAGAGGGAGACAUCUGUCUAGGCAACCCCUACCUUGGUGGCAGACCUAGGCAGGGCAGGUAUCCUACCUGCAGGUUCUGCCCAGGCCUAGAAGUGGUUCUCCCCUCCCAUGGCUUUGCCAAAGACUUUUAAUAGCAUUUUUUUAAGUGCACAGUGACUAGGUAAAACAUUUUUAUCAGUGACCAAAUUAGAAUGUAUUUAAUAUAGUAGGAGAUUUAAAAGCAUUUUUUAAUAUAAGAAAAACUGGUAGAAAAGCUCUAUCAUUUUAAAGGAAGUGGAUCCUCAACAUUCCGCAGCUAGCCCACUACUUAAUAAGGUAACUAUUGACCUGGUUUUAGUGACUAUUUUGUUUUUAAUUAUAGUGAUAAUGAUUUCUUAGCUCAGUACCUACUAGAUCAUGUGUAUUUUGUGCUACUGUUACCAUGGUUUAAGAUUGUUUCUUUUUACUCAUAUUUAUGCACUUGUUUCCCAUAUUGGCCUUUGGUCUCUGUGGUAACAGGACAAUGUUUGUGAUUGAUAUCUCAUCUGGACAUUUUCAAGCUGUAACAGUUACAAGCAUUAAGCUUUAGAUUGUGUGUAAGCUACUCUGGUUAACUCCUCCUGGGCUAACAUUCCAGGCUGGGGCUGGGGCAGUUAUGGGACUGCUGUGUGAUGGCUGGGGAGACAGGAGGCAGUGUCCACUGGGUCCCAGCCCAUGAGGGGAGCUCUCCUGAGCAUCUGCUCUUCUGGAAUCAGGCUGGGCUCUGAGGACAGGUGUGCAGGGGGAAGACCAAAGAAGGGGCCACUUCUCCCAUCCAUCCCAGACCUGUGAGCUAAGGCUCCUAGGAUCUACCCUGGGUGGGAAGGGCCAAGGAGGGGAGAGAUGGGUUUAAGGCCCAUCUGUGGGUAAUGGAGGUGAGGCCAUGGGUCUAGGAACUGAGGCUCACCAUGGUCCUGUUGCCUGUUGUCUUUUAACUCUCUAGUGUUAUUAUUAACAGUAAACAGUGGUGUCAAAGUUUUGUGUGCCUGGUUGGCAGACCUUCCCCCAGUGUGGAUGCGCAUGUGGAUUAACUUAUGGAAGCCUUUGUGUGCAUUUGUUUUCAGAAACUAGUUGAGAAUGUUAUGUGAAUGGAAUCUUCUUAACCCAGAAGGUCGUAUUUAUAAUACAUACCCAUUUACUUAGUGAAUUGUUUAAAGUUGUUAACAUUUGUUUAAAUUUUUUUACUAUAGCAUUUAUGCAAUGGUUUACAGAAUUCAUGGAGUUAUUUUUUAUCAGUAUGAGAUUAAUUAAAACUUUGAAAUUUA